AUGGCGUCUUCCUCCUCGGGCGCCUCUUCCGUCUUCGACCCUCCCGAAGCCACAUCCUCCAUCAGCUCCGCCAUGGGUAACGACAACGACAGAAGAGCAACGUCCGUAGACAACAUCUCAACUGCUCCCGAGAAACCUCCAGAUGACUCAUCCAAGCUGAAAACCUUCCUGGCGAUUCUUAGACAGUUCAUUGGUGUGUCAGAUAUUGCUACUGUCCGUUUUUCACUGCCGGCUCAGCUGCUUGAACCAACUCCAAAUCUGGAGUACUGGAAUUACCUAGAUCGACCGGAAACAUUCGUCAGCAUCGGGAAAUCUGAUGACCACCUUGGUCGGAUGCUGGAAGUCCUGCGGUUUUGGUUUACAAAGGAUCUCUGUAACUGGGAAAUAGAGGAUACGGAACGCCCAAUCACACCUUCAGUACCCAACGGCGGCACUACUACCAGCACUGUCACCGCUAAUGGCAAUACAGAGCAAGUGAAAAUCUCCUAUUUAACCGAACAGACCUCACACCACCCUCCUGUGUCUGCCUUCUAUGUAGACUGCCCUCAACGAGGCAUCACCGCCCGUGGUUUCGAUCAGAUCAGCGCCAAGUUUACUGGCACCAGCAUCCGCGUAACUCCCGGUCAACACAACUUAGGCAUAUUCGUGACACUGCGGGAUCGAGACAAUGAAGAAUAUCAACUCACACAUCCUGCAGCACAUCUGGGCGGUCUGCUCCGUGGUUCGUUGUCCAUCACAGUCGCAGAUACCUGUUAUAUCACCUGUGCCAAGACACGAAUAAAAGCCAUCCUUCAGUACCUCGAUGAGGGUUGGUUAGGGAAAGCACAGAAUAGAGUGUCUGGCGUUAUCUUCCGCUACGAUCCGGAAAACGACAACAAGAUCAGGAUCAAAGAUGUACCUGAGGCGGAUAUCCUGGCACGAAUCGACGGCUGCUGGCAUGAGAAGAUCUAUUACACCCUAUUCACCGCGGAAGACAACGGAUCUAAAGGAAAUGAGAAGAACGAGGGCAAAAGCAAAGAAAAGGAAAAAGAAAAGGACAAACGCCUGCUCCUAAUCGACAUUGCUCCUCUCUUUCCCGUCUCCAAAGUCGUCCCGCCAGCAGACCAACAGCUACCCAAUGAAUCGCGCAAGUUCUGGUCUAGCGUCACCGCCGCCAUCGGCGAGAAGAAGUACAGUCUCGCUACAAAGCUGAAGCAGGAGCUCGAGGAGAAUCAGAGGCAGCUGGCUGCUGCAAGGAAGGAGAUGAAUGAGGAGUGGAAGCCCCGGUUUUUCACUGUGCCUGUUGCAUCGUCUGGUAAACCGGAGCUGACGGAGGAAGGGGAGAGGGUGCUGAAGGGCUUGCAUGAGGGGGAUUUCAGGCUUGAGGGGAGUGGUGGGGUCGAUGCAUAG